AGCAAUUUAUACGGGUGGACUGUUGACAGACAUCGUCCACUUUCCCACAUCACUAAAACCCCCCGAUCAGGCGAUCAUCCUCUCUCUCUCUCUCUUCUCUCUCAUCCAGAUUUGUGAAAACCAUCUCUGCUUUAUCUUUCUAGGAGAUAUAUGAUAGAUAUACACUGUUUCUCUCUCUCUCUAUAUAUAUAUAUAUAUCUACAAAUAUUUAUCGGCUCGUUUACUAUAGUGUUGUGAUCGGCAAUUGAUCGAAUUAUACGAAAUUGAAGCGUUUGGUGUAGCUAUGAAUAUGAGUCACCCUUCAGUGCACCCACUAGAAGCCCCUCCGCUCACCGAUGCCGCCAACAACGCGCCGAGGGUGCGGAUGAAGGACCUGCAGGGCAUGCCGGGCACGACGGCCGGAUUGGCAUUGCGGUUGUGUCAAUUUGGCUUCGCUGCGGUUGCGCUUUGCAUAAUGACCACCGCUAAGGACUUCCCCUCCGUCACCGCCUUCCGCUACCUCGUUGUGGCUGUGAGCUUGCAAAGCUUGUGGAGUCUCUCGCUUGCCAUUGUGGAUAUUUAUGCCCUCUUGGUGAGGCGUUGCUUGCGAAAUUCCAGGGUUGUUGGCUUGUUCACUUUCGGGGACGGGAUCACAUCAACACUUACAUUUGCUGCUGCGUGUGCAUCUGCUGGUAUAACAGUCCUUAUCGGCAACGAUUUCAACAAUUGUGCAGAAAAUGAUUGUACUAGGUUUGAGACAGCUACGGCUAUGGCCUUCAUGAGUUGGUUUGCUGUUUCACCCUCCUUUUUCUUAAAUUUCUGGUCUCUGGCAUCAGGGUGAAACAUUUAUAAAUGUUGUUCAAACUGUUCUUUGGGCUCCUUAUUUUCGCCCAUUAUCCUUGUAACCCAAAUUUUGUAUCCCCUCCUGUAUAAUUUAAAUUGAUGGGUUAUAUUAUUGUAGAAAUUUGUAUUUUGAGUGCUUGAAAAUUUGGCUAUGCGCCAAUCUUAGGGC